UUUGAAAUUAAACAGUCUAACAACCAAUAAAUAACUUGAUCGUAUUAAUAUCAGUCGUAUUUACAUUGCUAGUUUGUAAAACAUUUUAAUAUACUGCGGUAUGGACAUAUGUCACUUGGAUGAUGAAGCGGCAGUGAGCUAACUUGUGAAUCUAUAUUGCAGCUGUCACUCAUUUUGUGACUGAACUAAAGAGAAGUAAAAGUUUGGUUGUUCAAGUAAAAUGUCCGGAAAUAUCUCAAUGUACACAGACUUGGCUAUCAAUGAGAGUGCGUCAGUAUUCUUAAUGGUAUUAACAUGUCUUCAAGUAAUUCUUGGGUCAGUGGCCAACUUUAUUGUAAUCUUUAUAAUACUGAAAUCACGAGAACUGACGAAACGCUCAGAAGAUCGACUUAUACUAAAUUUGGCGUUUGCGGAUUUCCUGGCGCUGACGACGUUCGUACCACUGCAUAUUUAUGUCCUCUGGCAGGGGAAAAUUAGCAUUGGAAUACAAAGAAUCUACGAAGCGUUGAACUCCUUAGUUGUUUAUUACGGAGGGAAUGCAGUUAUGUCUAUUGCUUGCGAUCGCUUUGUUGCAGUUCUAUUACCUUUACGUCACUGGACAUUGAUAUCAAAGAGAGUUACGUUUGUGAUGGUAUCGUUGACGCUUUUCGUAGCUGUUAUCUUAGCAAUCGUCGACUACGUUAGCCCAGAUUUGACGCAAGAAUCACGCAAACUUUUGAUCAAAACAAUAUUUAUUCCGUACAACGUUCUCUUUUGUAGCGUACUAGCAAUACUUUAUAGCUUCAUCUUAUACAGCACCUUAAAACAAGCGAGGCAAAUUGCGAGGCAAAGAAGAAGUAUCGGAGUUUCGUUUAGCAACUACCAAGGAAGAUUAUUUGUUAAAACAAUUUUGAAAAUAACUCUUUUAGUUGUGUUAUACUAUGCAACCUAUUUGCCUUUAUCAAUUUACGUUUUAGUAUACUCAAAUUUGGUAGAAAAUCAACAGAGAAUUGUGCAGGCAACAGCUCGUUGCUGGUUAUAUUCAUUUCUUUUUUUAAACUGUUGCGCGAAUCCUUAUGUUUACGCUUUGCAAACGGCAAGAUUUAAAAUUGCAUUUUAUAAAACUUUCCCAAUCAGUUUUCGGCUGAAAGCUAACAAAACUGCAGUCAUAGCAACUUAGAAACAAACACGCUUUAGACCUGUAAAUAAA